AUGGAUCUCUCUUCCCCCUCAAGGUCAGAGGAAACCACCCUCGUCGACUCCGAGAGCGACUACGACGGCUCCUACGACGCCUCGAUACCGUCCAGCCCCGAGCCUGACGACGACCUGCCAGACCGUCCACACGCAGUGAUUAACACGUUCAGGGCGACGUUACCGUACCGUUCGCCCUCUCCGCUCACCCCUCUCCCUUCUCCGCCGCUCAAGCCGUACCGUUCGCCCUCUCCACUCGCCCUCCUCUCCUCCACGUCACUGGACCUGAGCAGGCCACCAUCUCCGCUCACUCCGCUCCCUUCUGCGACCCUUGCGCCACCGCGUUCUCCGUCCCCGCUGCACCUGAACCAUCUUCCAUAUUCUCGUACGAAUCCGUCCCAGGGGCCCACCAUUAAUCCCUUCAAUACGAUCAAUAGGCUGACUACGCAAUCCCGUCCCGGCAUUCACAUUACGUUCGAUCCCCCGCGAAAUGGUAUGCGAAACAUGAAUGUCGCCGAAUGGAGGCCAGUGAGUUUCUUGGACUCUCUCGAUCCUGAUGGCGAGCCUCUGAGCCGUUGCCCGCCGACUCCCAACCCCAACCCCCAUCCUGGCUACUUUCUUUAUCGUGCGCGCUCCAGCCCCUGCCCCGUCCACGUCGGUCAUUAUAUCAUCAACCGUCUCACAGCCUUUUACCGGAUUCGCCGGGACAUGUAUCGAGAGAGGCUCGACCGCCUACGACCGCUCGAUCUUCUCUCCGAAGAAGAACGUCGAGACCUGGAGCUCUUGUUGCCGUGCAACCUCUGCUCGUUUACCGGUAACCUCGAUUUACCCAUGUAA